AUGGAGUGCUGCGUCCACUCCCCGUGCGGCCGCUACCUGGUGCGCUACGCGGCCGGCGCGGACUCGAUGCGCAUAGACGUGGUGCCGAAGGUGUCCGCCUUCGAGCCGGCGCCGGAGGUGCACUACGCCGCGCUGCUGCGCGAGGGCGACGUGCUGGAGAUCACCACGGCGGCCGGGGUGCGGAAGGAGUUCGCCGGCUUUGCAGACAUGACGUACAACGCCAUGAUCGGCCGCUCCCCAAGCGUGAAGUUUUUUGUUGAGACGUGCGAGGAGAUGCGGAGCCGAAUUACGGCGGAGGUGGCGCAGCGCGGCCGCGGGGCCGCCGACUCCCUUGUCGACGACAGCGACGCCAGCCAGCUCUCCGACGCCGCCCGCGCGCAGCGCUUCUUCACGCUCGACUACGACGUGGACUUCACACGCGCCGUCUUCCCCGUGCCGCUCCUGCAGGUGACCCCCGCGGCGGUGUGCGGGGCCGCCUCCGCCUCCGCCUCCGUCGAUCCGCAGCCGCGAGGCACCGCGCCGCGGCAGGACGGCGCGACGGCGGGGGCGGAGGCUGCCGGCAACGCCCAGCUCGCGAGGCUGCGGACGGAGAACGAGAAACUUAGACGCGAGAACGCGGCGCUGGCCCGGCUGAGCCGGGAGAAGAUGCUCGAGAUGCAGCGCCUCUGCGAGGACUUCCAGCAGCGCGUGGACGGGGCCUGUGAGGUGGAGCGGCUCAAGAAGAAGCUGUCGGCCCUUCGGACGCGGCUGCGGCAGGCGGAGGAGGAGCGGGACGCGGCGCACGCGGCCUUCGCCCGACUGAAGCAGCGGGCGCCGCACUGCGGCCCGCAGCCCGACAGUAGUCGCCGCGGCGAGAAGGUGCGGCGGCGCUCGCGGUUCGACACGCCCUCGCCGGUGCCGCGGCGGUCGUCUUCGCGGCGGCUGGGCGACUCGCCCGCCCCGCGUGGGCGCACCGGCGGUCGGCAGGGGCGAGCUGCGGCCGCCGCGCGCUCGCGCUCGCUGAGCCACAACGAUGGCGGCGGGACGGCGCUGACGAAGAAGCGGCUGUGGACGGACGCGGGCAGCAGCAGCCGCUGCAGCAGCAGCAGCCUCGCCGGCGCCGCCGGGUCGCGCUGCAGUUCGCGCGGCAGCUGCGAGCGGUUGUACCGCACCCCCACCGCCAGCAGCCGCAUGCACCAACGCGACUCGCCCGUCUACGUGCCGCGGCGUGCCGUCUUUCGGUAG